UAAUGUUUGAGUCAGUUGUAGGUUGCAUUGAGUAUAAAGUGGAGUUAUCUGCCGCUAGAUGUCACCUCCUGCCAACAUGGCGUCACCAAGUGCGGGCAAUUCGGAUCUCGAUGCUGACUGUGAGCAGACAUUGAUGAGUUAUGAAAAAUUGGACAGAUCAUCUCCUGACUUAUGGCCUGAACAAAUACCAGGUGUAUCAGAGUUUGCUGCCAACCAAAGUCCUUUCUCCGCUUCAAAUUUCUCUAAAGAAAUAGAUGAUCAAGAUGAUAUAGAACUUCUUCAAGAGUUUGGUAGCUUGACUACACCACAGCUGAUGGAAAAAGUGCGAGGACUUCAAAAUUUAGCCUUCAAACUGGGACUUGAUGAAGCACGAGAAAUGACGCGAGGAAAAUUUUUAAACAUUCUUCAAAAACAGAAAAGGUUUUGAUUGUCCUAAGAAAAAAAAAAAAAAAAUUUUAAAUGUUUGCCGACAGUUUUCUUCAUCAUCAAUUUAGAAACCAUUCUUCACUCUUCUGCCAAACUGGAUUGGCAUGUAUGGCUUGUGCUGGCUGUGUUCAUAUUGUUAUUCAAUUUUGCUAUCUUUGUGGAAAAUGUUUCUAUCAGAAUAUUCCAGAACGAAAUAGCAGUAUUUAUUUAGUCUUCCUUAGGACAAUAUACUCCUUCUGCAAAACCCAUUUUCUUUUUAACGUCAUGGCUGCACUAAAACUAGAUCUGAAAACCAAUGGUGCAAUGUUUCUCUGCUCAUUUCUUUUGUCAGUUUAAGAUGCUGCGAACAAUCAUGGUUUCUGUGAGGCUAAGAUUUUAGACUCACCUUCACACCAGACAUUCUCUAUCUUUUUAUCAUUGUCAAAGAUUUUAUUACUUGGUUUGGAUAUAUUUAUGUAAACUAAUUUUUGAUAUAAAAUAGACAUUUAAUGUCUA